GGCGUGCCAUUUUUACCCCGCACUUAUUUAUUCUCCUCCCUAACCUUCUCUCUGCACAAAUCGCUACAUCUAUCGAUCACUACUCCUCCAGACGCGAUCUUCUUUGCAAAUCGUCUUUCUCCCUUACAGAUCUGCGAUUUUGCUGCAAGCCGCCGCACGCCACCUCUGCCGGCUCCAUCUUCAUCACCUCUGCUUCGUUGCCUCCGCCUUCCACCAGCGUCAAAUUUAUUUUCCUCCCUAUUUCAGUUUCUGGGACUGGAGUUGUAACGGCGGCGACCAUGCUCAGAGGUGAUGUGGCAGCCCUGAAGUUCACAAUGGUGGUGCUAUGAGGAUGGUGGCGGCGGUGGUGGUUGGGCGGCAAUGAAUGGUGACAUUGUUUGGAUGCGGCGGAGAUGCUGGACGAAGACGGUAUUGGCGAGGGCGGCGCCGAUGAGAUGACGUCAGGCGGCACCGACGAGACAGCGGCAACCGGCACCGGUGAGACAGUGGCAGGCGGCACUGACGUGGCAGGGGCAAGCUGCAACGGCACCAAGGGUCACGGAACUGCUCAAAUACAGAGUAAUAAUUGAAUGGGGGCGUUUUUGUCCGAGUACAUGAUUAUAGGUCCUAUGUAACAUACUUUCGAAUUUCGGUCCUAUUUAUGAACACGGCUCCUCUUUUAGUCCUAAAGAGACAAUUAACUCUUGUAAAAUAACCUCCAUUUUAAUACUCCGUAAUAUAUUGCUCCGUAUCUAGGAACCCA